AUGUCGCUGGCUGCUGCUGUCAAUCCGAUGGGCUUCGCCCUCUUUCGACUGCUCACAUCAAGGCCAGGCGAGAAUGUGCUGAUCUCGCCUUUGUCGAUCUCAGGAUGUUUGUCCAUGGUUGCAGCUGGCGCCACAGAAGGCUCGGACACGGAGAAGGAGCUGAUGUCAUUGCUAAGGACUCUGGUGCCAGGCCUACCCUCGGACAGUGCUGUGAAGAUGGCCAACUCCGCGUGGGUUCGUAUGUUGAUCCGGCCAGACUACAUAGCAGCUGUUCAGACAAAGUUUGGUGCAGAGGCCCUGCAACUGCCCAGCACGGACCCGAAGCCCAUCAAUGAGUGGGUGAAGGCGAACACAGAGGGGCGAAUUGAAAAGCUUUUCGACGGCGAAUUGGACGGCCUCACCGUGUUAGUGCUGGUGAAUACAGUGUUCUUCAAGGGCUCAUGGGCAAAGCAUUUUGAUGUUAAGCGGACAACGAAGUCAGAGUUUAAAGGCUUCUCAUCACCCGCUCCAUGCGAUAUGAUGUUCAAGGAGGAGAAGGGCACCAAGUAUACAGAGACUUCAUCCUUCCAGGCAGUUCAGCUCCCCUAUAAUGAUGCAAAGACUUGGGCCACCAUUCUACUUCCUAAGAAAGAAGGAAAGGAGGCACUGGCCGAAGUGUCCAUGACACUCGGUGAGACAUGGGACUCCCUGAAAAAGGGGUUUUCCACCGAGACUGUGGCACUAAGCUUACCCCGAUUUAGCCUCAGCGCAGGGGGUUCCAUUACCAACCCUCUCCGUGAAUUGGGCCUCAAGGCAACUUUUGACGCGGACGGGGGUUUCCUAAAGAUGUCGGACGACCCACAGGUGCACCUCAGCGAAGUAGUUCACAAGGCGACGCUUGAAGUGAAUGAGGAGGGCACGGUUGCGGCAGCAGCAACAGGCGCUGUGAUGAUGACAAGGUGCAUGCCGCCACCACCAAUGCAGAUGACGGUAGACCGACCUUUCAUUUUCAUGCUGAGUGAUACCGAUGGUACAAUCUACUUCCUUGGCCACGUUGUGUCGCCCGAGCUUGCCGGACUCGAGCCGACGCUGAAAUAG